AUAUUAAAAUUAAUUACAAAGCAUUUUUAUCUUCAUUCUCUAAUUCCAAAUGAUAGUAAUGAAUAUUUUUUAACUGAUGAAAUUUGGAUUAUAUCUGUUAAAGAAAUGUAUGAUUUUUAUAUUAAAUAUGAUCUUAGAAAUAUUUGGGCAUAUAUGUGGAUGAACUGGUAUCAAAAAGACCAUUGGAUUUUAUGGGCUCGUGCAGCAAAUUCUGAUGAAUUAUGCUUAUUUAAAACAACUAUGUUAAUUGAAUCCCAUUGGAAGGUAGUUAAGCAGGAUUUUUUGCCCAAAUUCUUCAGACCUAGAUUAGAUUUGAUGGUCUUUAUUAUUAUUAAUCGAUUACUUCCA